GUGUAGGUGUUUUUUUUUUAACCGCGUAGUGUAGUGUGGUUAACUCUCUUUUUCUCCAUCCGAAGAGCCGAAGAGGAGAAGCUCCACCUCAAGAAUCUCACCAUCAGAGUGUUAAAAAACCAUUUUGCGGAAUGGGGAAGAACGGUGAAUCAUGAUAUAGGAAUUAGAUUGAUCUCUUGAUCUCUCUCCUUCUGUCACUCACUCACCUACCCGAGAGAGAGGAGAGGAGAGAGAUAUUUUGAGAUAGAUAUUUUGAGAUUUGAGCGAGAGAUAUUUUGAGAUUUGAGGAACCCCUUUGUAUAAUUCCUUCCGCUCGUCUCAUUGCAUAAAUAGAGACAUGGAGAGAGCAAUAGACAGACAGACAGACAGACAGACAGAUCGAUCUAUCGUCGGAUCCUACUCGGGCGCUGUUCUUUGAUUUAGUACUGCCACCAUCCAACAAUCAUAUACAAACAAGCAUACAGUUUUGAAAAAUAAAUAAAUAAUUCCAUUCAUUUAUUCCUAGAAUAUUUGAGGAAGUCGAUCCAUCUGUCGGAUUCCCACAAAAAAGAAGGGCAUAGUACGGCGGUUAUAACUGGGUUGUGCUGGUGGUAGUGAAGAAAUGGGAUCGAGCAAUAACAAUUAUAGUAGUAGUUGUAGUAAGGAUAGGAAUAGUAAUAGCAAUAAUAAAACGAAGGGGGUGAAGAUGAGGAAGGUAGUGCUGGGGUUAGGGUUCUGGGUGCAGGGGCUGAGGUGCUUACCCUGGAUGGCGGUGAACUUCUUCCUCAAGGAUGGUCUAAAGGUGGACCCCUCCACCCUCCAGCUCCUCCAGAACUCGGCAAACCUCCCAAUGGUCGCCAAACCCAUCUAUGGCCUCCUCUCCGACUCUGUUUAUAUCGCCGGCCAACACCGCCUCCCCUACAUUGCCAUUGGAGCUUUCUUACAAGCACUGUCCUGGAUUGCCAUUGCUUGUUAUUCUCCAUCGGAUCUCUCAUUCUUUAUGAUCACCCUAUAUCUCCUCCUUGGUAACCUUGGUGCUUCAAUUGUUGAGGUUGCAAAUGAUGCCAUUGUGGCAGAGGUUGGGAAACAGUCCAAGAACUCACAGUCACCUUCACAAGGUGAGCUGCAGUCCUUUGGUUGGAUGGCCUCCUCCAUUGGUGGAGUCCUAGGAAGUCUGCUUGCUGGUAUUGCCAUUAACCAAUUCUCUCCCCAAGCAAUGUUCUUUUUGUAUGGAAUUAUCCUUGCUAUUCAGUUUUUUGUAACAAUUUCCAUUCAUGAAAGUUCCCUCAACCUCCCCAAGACUUCCUUAAUCGGUAUCAGAAAGCAAAUUUCAGAGCUGCUAGUUGCACUGCAGAAACCUGAAAUGGCGUACUCAAUAACCUGGUUUGCAGCAUCUUAUGCCAUAAUUCCAGCCUUAACAGGAACCAUGUUCUUCUAUCAGACACAGUAUUUGGAGAUUGAAUCUUCUGUGUUGGGGAUCUCUAAAGUGAUUGGGCAAGCAGCAAUGUUUCUAUGGGGUGUCACAUAUAAUAGACAUCUCAAGUCCGUUCCACCGAAGAAACUGAUCUCAGUCAUUCAAUCUAUUAUGGCAGUUUUCAUGCUUUCGGAUGUGUUGUUUGUGAAAGGAUUAUAUCGAAGUAUGGGGAUUCCAGACUCACUAUAUGUUUUGGUCUUCUCAGGCUUCCUAGAAGUUCUGUGUUUCUUUAAGAUUCUACCGUUUAGCAUUCUAGUGGCACAGCUUUGCCCUCCAGGCUGUGAGGGAUCUCUGAUGGCAUUUCUCAUGUCUUCUAUUGCUCUUGCGUUUAUAGUGAGCGGAUACCUUGGUGUUGCACUUGCAUCAUAUGUUGGGGUGACAGGGAAUGAUUUCUCUGGCCUGUCAAGUGGCCUUCUUAUACAGGCAGCAUGCACGCUCUUGCCACUUUAUUGGUCGUCGUGCAUGCCGGACGAGCCUAAAACCAAAAGGAAAGAGCAGUGAGCACGGCAAAAGCUGCAGUUACUAUAUGUUUUAGUACGUUGUUGGAUGUGGUCUCUAUUGGUAUUGCUAAAAUAUCUCUUGUUCUUUCAAAUUUUGGUUGUUUCAUUUAAGUGUGUCCAGCUGAGGUAUGAUUGUUCUCUUUUUUGGUGGGUCCUUGCGAGCAUCUGCAGCUUUAUUGCUUUGCAACUCUACAAAUCAUUAUAUGGGAGUUUUUGGGUGUUUCAAUGUGAUCACGCUCUUCUUGUUC